AUGUCUGGCUUUGAUGCAAAUCAAGUAUAUACGGUAUCUGUCCACGAUAUACCAUCAAGUUCUUCACCAGAAACACCUUCGCAAUCUGAAAAGUUACUUCUUGACUUCCUUCUGCAGUAUCGCGUCGGCGGUGAAUUCAUAUACAGAGAUAAGCUUCGUGCCAAUUUGCUCUUGAAGCAAUAUCAGUUAGAAGUUGAUCUACGCCACAUUGGGUUGUAUAAUGAUGAACUAGCUCACGCCAUUCAAGAUAGGCCUGCUGAUAUCCUUCCUCUGUUUGAAAAUGCCGCUACCAAAGCUUCGCGAACUAUUCUCUUUCCCCUCGCGAAUGCAUCUGAUGAACGAGCAGAGGCAGCAAUUCAAGCAAUUCCAAAAGUACAAGUCACGAUAAAGUCUGGGCUAAACAUGCUCAAGUUCCGUGACCUUACUGCCAAUACCAUGAAUAAACUAGUCCGUGUUCCUGGAAUCGUUAUAUCCGCCUCAGUGCUUUCUGCGCGAUCCACCAAACUGCAUCUACAGUGCAGAGCUUGCAGAUCUACGAAAAUUAUAUACCCCCCUGGAGGUAUGGGUGGUUUGGGCAGUGGUUCCGAUAGAGGCUUGCCCCGCACUUGUGAUGCACCAGAGCUUGAAAACCAGAAGAAAGACUGCCCUCUCGACCCUUACAUCAUCAUGCAUUCAUACUCUUCCUUUGUCGACCAACAAACACUGAAACUACAAGAAGCACCUGAUAUGGUCCCUGUAGGAGAGCUACCACGGCAUAUGCUCUUGUCAGCAGAUAGAUAUUUGACUGGUCAAGUUGUGCCUGGUUCCCGAAUCAUUGCUACGGGGAUUUACUCGACCUUCCAGUCCGCCAAAGACAAAUCUGCCGGUGCUGCAGCGCUUCGCCAACCAUACCUUCGUCUGGUUCAUAUAGAGAUGUCCUCACCUUCAUCCGGAAGUUCUGGUGGCUUAAAUCCCUUCGGUGUUCAGUUCAGUCCCGAAGAAGAGGAAGAGUUUGGAGAAAUGGCGCGGAGCGAGGGAUUUUAUGAUCGGUUUGCUAGAAGCGUGGGUCCUAGUAUAUACGGCAGCCUUGAUAUCAAAAAGGCUAUUUCUUGUCUACUUUUUGGUGGAUCUAGGAAAAUUCUACCUGAUGGAAUGAGGUUACGAGGAGAUAUUAAUGUCUUGUUGUUGGGUGAUCCUGGUACUGCGAAGAGUCAGCUUUUGAAGUUUGUGGAAAAGGUUGCGCCGAUUGCUGUUUACACUUCGGGAAAGGGGUCUAGUGCUGCAGGUUUGACAGCUUCAGUUCAGCGAGAUUCUGUAUCGCGUGAAUUCUAUCUGGAAGGGGGUGCUAUGGUUCUUGCCGACACUGGAGUGGUUUGCAUUGACGAGUUCGAUAAGAUGCGUGACGAAGAUCGUGUGGCUAUUCAUGAGGCGAUGGAGCAGCAGACAAUUUCUAUCGCAAAAGCAGGUAUAACAACGGUGCUCAACUCCAGGACGAGUGUACUUGCGGCAGCAAACCCCGUAUGGGGCAGAUACGACGAAGGCCGUAGUCCGGGUGAAAACAUCGACUUCCAAACAACCAUUCUGUCGCGGUUUGAUAUGAUUUUCAUCGUUAAAGAUGAGCACAACGAGCAGCGAGAUCGGAUGAUAGCCAAACAUGUCAUGAAUAUCCAUAUGAACCGUCCUAAUCCAUCGACUGGGGAGAAUGGUGAGGCAGUAGGUGAGAUCGACAUCGACAAGAUGAAACGUUAUAUUGCAUACUGCAAAAAUAAAUGUGCACCAAGGCUUUCACCGGAUGCUCAAGAAAUGCUCAGCAGCCACUUCGUAAGUCUGCGUCAACAGGUGCAGCAGGUGGAACGAGACAAUGAUGAACGCAGCUCUAUCCCAAUCACUGUCCGGCAACUUGAAGCAAUUAUCCGUAUAUCUGAAUCUCUCGCCAAAAUGACUCUCAGCACAGUCGUUCAGAACCACCAUGUAGAUGAAGCUAUCAGACUAUUCAAAUUCUCUACGAUGGAUGCUGUAUCUGCAGGCUCUGCCGAUGGUCUCUCGCGUGGGGAGCUGAACGAGGAGAUCACGAGGAUAGAGAAAGAGCUUCGGAGACGACUGCCUGUUGGAUGGAGUACUAGUUAUCAAAGUCUUGUUCGAGAGUUUGUUACCCAACAAGGCUAUUCUAGUCAUGCCCUAGAGAGGACAUUGUUUAUAAUGGAAAAAAGAGAAGUAAUCCGUUUCUCUGGACAGAAAAAGGUGAUCCAUAGGGUUGGAGUGUGAUUCAAUAUAUUGGAAUUCUGAGCAUACGAUAGAUAUCACGUGUAACCAUCAGUGCUGUCCUGGUCUACGUGCCUAAAAGAUUGACCAUCACUGCAUAGUGGAUUUGCACCAGGACUAGUGGUACGUCCAAGUCCAUGAUCGUGGUGUUCAAGUUAUCAGUGUUAUCCCACGCCCCGAUAUAUAAAAUAGUGUUGUCCCGAUAUUUAUCAUUCGAAGGGGGAGACUUACUAUGGCUGGACAAUAGGUGCAAUUGGUCUGAGGAGAAGUUGAAUUACUCAGCAGUCGUUGGACUUGAGACCAUCGGAACUUGACCAGUAGAUACAAUUUUUAGUUUUCUAGCUGCCUAUGUAGUAAAAUAAGCAAGAAAUAGAAGCGUUGGUGCAGCGGAACAAAA